AUGUCCCAAGUAAUCCCACAGUCUUCUGAUCCCACAAUCCGCUAUCUCUCCACCACGAAAGCCUACGAUCUUUGGUCGGCUGUGUAUGACACAGACGGCAACUUUCUGCAGGCGUUGGAUACGAUUGAGAUGAAGAUUCUGAUACCGCGAAUGCUCAAGAUUCUGGAGAAUCAAGCCGCCUGUUCUCGGCCGUGGACUUUGGUGGACUUGGGAUGUGGAACGGGCAGGAACACGGCAGCUCUGCUGGAGGUAGAGGAUGCUUCGUCUGUAGUCGGACUCGAUCUCAGUCCUGGCAUGCUCGAGGUGGCAAGAGAUCGAUUGCAGAGGUCCCAUGCAACUCGUAAAUUGCAACUCAAGGUGUAUGACAUGUUGCAAGAGUCCUCGCUGCCAGCGUGUGCCGUCGGCGCAGACGCCGUGGUGUCGACACUGGUCAUUGAACAUGUUCCUGUGGAUGUCUUCUUUGCCACAGUUGCCAAAAUCCUCAAACCUGGGGGGAUUUUAGUGCUGACAAACAUGCACUCAGAAAUGGGCAAAAUCAGCCAGGCUGGUUUUGUUAAUCCGCAAACAGGUGAAAAAAUCCGACCAACUAGUUACUCACACACAUUGGCCGAAGUCGAGGCUGCAGCCUCAGAGAAUGGGUUUGAAGUGCUUGGACGAAUCGAGGAGAGAAGAGUGGACGAAUCGAUGGUUGCAGUCCUAGGACAACGAUCGCAGAAGUGGGUGGGCGUGACAGUGUGGUUUGGAGGCAUUCUCAGAAGAAGUACAUGA